UUGUUAUACACAUAAACCAAUAAUCAAAUUCUUAACCAAAUGUCCAAAGAGUCAGUAUUAUUACUUGUGUCAUAUUUUUGGUCACCAAAUUUUUAUUUUUAAAAUUGAGUCACAUUCAUAUUUCCUGUAUUUAAAAAGUAUCACACUUUUAUUUUAUUUUUUAAUAUGUUAUACUUACAAAUGAGACUAUAUAUAUAAUAUUAGUAUAGGUAUUCUACUUCUUGGAAAUUUAGGUGAAGGGCACAAAACAAAUGAAGCAUUUUUUUAUCUUACAUAACCAAAACUAAAACCAUAUUAUUAUAUAAAAUUAGAUAACACAAACCAAUUAGCAACCUAAAAUUUAACCACCUCUAAUCCCCCUUAAUUAAUAUAAAAUUACUCAUCAAAUAAUCACUCAAGCAAGCAUUCAUUUUUUGUGACAAAUUAAAUAACCAUAUGGAGGGAACUUUACAUGUCUUAAAAAUGAGACAAGUUAUGAACCUCACAAUAAUUUCUUCCUUAAGAGAUAGAUUCAACAUGGGAGGAUUGGUGAUAUUGAUAUGCAUGGUUGUUUCAUGGAUAUUGAUACAUAGAUGGAGUCAAAGGAACAAAAAAGGCCCCAAAACUUGGCCUUUUCUUGGAGCUGCCAUUGAACAAUUGAUGAACUAUGAUAGAAUGCAUGAUUGGCUUGUUCAAUAUUUUUCCAAGUCCAAAACUAUUGUGGUCCCUAUGCCUUUCACAACUUAUACAUAUAUUGCUGAUCCUGUUAAUGUGGAACAUGUACUUAAGACCAACUUCAAUAAUUAUCCAAAGGGUGAAGUGUACCAUUCAUACAUGGAAGUUUUACUUGGUCAUGGAAUAUUCAAUGUAGAUGGAGAGCUUUGGAAGAAACAAAGGAAAACUGCAAGCUUAGAAUUUGCAUCUAGAAAUUUAAGGGAUUUCAGCACCAAAGUUUUCAAGGAGUAUGCUUUAAAACUCUCAUCCAUUCUAUGCCAAGCAUCUUUCCUCAACCAACAAAUAGACAUGCAGGAGUUGUUGAUGAGAAUGACAUUAGACUCCAUAUGCAAAGUUGGUUUUGGAGUUGAAAUUGGAACUUUGAAUCCAAACUCACCCAACAAUUCUUUUGCUCAAGCUUUUGAUACUGCAAAUAUCAUUGUAACACUUAGGUUCAUUGAUCCUUUAUGGAAAAUUAAGAAAAUUCUAAAUUUAGGCUCAGAAGCACAACUUGACAAGAGCAUCAAAAUCAUUGAUGAUUUCACUUAUUCAGUUAUAAGAAGAAGGAAGGCAGAGAUUGAGGAUGCUAAAAAGAAUGGCCAACAAAAUCAGAUAAAAAAUGAUAUAUUAUCAAGAUUCAUAGAAUUGGGAGGAAACAAUGCAAGUGAAAAAAGUUUGAGAGAUGUUGUUUUGAACUUUGUGAUCGCCGGUCGCGACACGACUGCAACAACUCUAUCAUGGGCUAUAUAUAUGGUGAUGACACAUUGUCAUGUUGCUGAAAAACUUUACUUUGAGCUCAAAACUUUUGAGGAGAAUCAAGCAAAGGAAGAAAAUGUUACAUUGUCUCAAUGUGACAAAGAUGAGCCAGGAUUGUUCAAAGAAAGAGUAGAGCAAUUUUCAAAGUUAUUGAAUAAAGAUUCAUUGGAGAGGCUUCACUAUUUGCAUGCUGUCAUAACUGAGACACUGAGAUUGUAUCCAGCUGUUCCUCAGGAUCCAAAGGGUGUGAUGGAGGAUGAUGUGUUGCCAGAUGGUACAAAAAUAAAAGCAGGAGGCAUGGUAACUUAUGUUCCAUAUUCAAUGGGAAGGAUGGAAUAUAAUUGGGGCCCUGAUGCAGCUUUAUUUAAACCUGAAAGAUGGUUCAAGGAUGGUGUUCUUCAAAAUGAAUCUCCAUUCAAAUUCACAGCUUUUCAGGCAGGGCCAAGGAUAUGUCUUGGUAAGGACUCUGCAUAUCUUCAAAUGAGGAUGGUGUUGGCCAUUUUGUGCAGAUUUUACAAAUUCAAUUUGGUGGCUGGUCAUCCAGUGAAAUAUAGAAUGAUGACUAUUUUAUCAAUGGCACAUGGUUUGAAACUUACCAUAGAGAAACGUUCUUGAUAUGCUUCCAUAAAUACAUUAUGAUGAUGAUAUGUUACAUAAGCAUUGUGAUCACAUGUUGAUGAGGAAGAAUAAAUUAUAAUAUGUAUGAAUAGUACAAAAAAUUAUAAUACGUAUGAAUAGUACAAAAAAUUAUAUACAAAUAGAAAAAUUCUUUGACUAAUUUCAUAUUUUCCUUUCACAAUGAUCACUCUUAUAAGAAUUAUUAAACCUAUUAGACCA